CAGCACUGUUACCCAUAAGUCUCAUUUCAAUUCUAGCCAUUCAUGUUGUAGCUAAAUGAUUAAAUUCAGAUAAAUUCAGUAAGCCUGUUAUUUACCAUCUCCUACGCUAAUUAUUUUCUUACGCUGAUGUAGAGUAGUUGCUGCUGAACUCUAUUUCCCAUGAUCCCGUGCGGUUUUGGCUCUGUCCGCGCACGCGACAUGUCAACAAACACCAAAGUCACACUGGAGUGAAUCCGGGCCGCAGCAGAUAUCACAGUAUGAUCGUAUAUGUGCGGUUUAACUCCAGCCACGGGUUCCCGGUGGAACUGGAACAGGGUGCGAGUGUAGCUGAGCUGAAAGAGACGGUGGGACGUUUACAGGGAGUACAGCCUGAUCGACUGCGGGUCAUCUUUGCUGGACGAGAGCUCUGCAAUGAAUCCACACUUCAGGGCUGUGAUCUCCCCGAGCAGAGCACGGUUCAUGUGGUUCUGCCACCAUCCACCUCGAGCCAGCACUCUGAGUUGGUCCAGCAGCACAGGCCGGGCGGGGGGAUGGAAAGCUUGACCCGACUUGACCUCAGUGGCUCCCGUCUGACCAGUGUGUCUGAAGGCCUGGCUGUCAUUCUGGAGACAGAUGCGUCCAGACAAGGGAACUUCAUUGGACACACAGAAGUUAAAGCCCACAGCAGUUUCUAUGUGUUCUGUAAGACGGUCUGCAAGGCCAUUCAGCCUGGAAAACUACGUGUUCGCUGCAGAGACUGCAAACAAGGCACUCUUACUCUCAGCAGGGGGCCAAGCUGCUGGGAUGACGUCCUACUCCCUAACAGGAUUCAUGGAGUAUGUCAGUCACAAGACUGUGAUGGCACAGUUGCAGAGUUCUACCUGAAAUGUGCUGCCCACCCCACCUGUGAUAAUGACACUUCAGCAGCACUGGACUUGAUAAUGCCCAACACACGCAGAGUGCCCUGCAUCGCCUGCACUGACAUCAUGACUCCAGUGCUGGUGUUUCAGUGUGCCGAGCGUCACGUGAUCUGCCUGGAGUGCUUCCACAUGUACUGUGUGACCAGACUCAAUGAGCGACAGUUUAUCCAGGAGCCGCUGGUGGGCUACUCUCUGCCCUGUGCAGCCGGCUGUCCUGAUUCGCUCAUUAAAGAGGUUCAUCAUUUCCGAGUCCUGGGAGAUGAGCAGUAUGAGCGCUACCAGCGAUACGCAGCGGAGGAGUGUGUUCUUCAGAUGGGAGGAGUUCUGUGUCCCGCUCCAGGAUGUGGUGCCGGGCUGCUUCCUGUGGAUGAUGGCAGGAGAGUCUGCUGUGAGUUGGGGAAUGGACUUGGCUGUGGGUUUGUGUUUUGCAGGGACUGUAAGGCAGAGUAUCACGAGGGCCCCUGCAGACAGAGGACACACACGGCAACAGGAAGUGCCCUACAGGGUUAUAUUGUAGAUGAAGAGGCAGCUCUUCGUGCUCGCUGGGAACAGGCCUCACAGGAGACUAUAGCAGAAACCACUCGCCCCUGCCCCAAAUGCCAAGUUCCUGUGGAAAAAAAUGGUGGCUGUAUGCACAUGGUGUGUCCGCGUCCCCAGUGUAAGUAUGAAUGGUGCUGGCUCUGUCGUGUGGAGUGGAACAGAGAAUGCAUGGGCAACCACUGGUUCGGAUGAGCCAGAUACGCUCUCACCAUGAGCUCAACUCAGGAAAUGAAGCCAAAUGGAAACCUCGCAGGACUCUAGCCAAUCACUAGCAAGUUGAAACAUUAGCACUGUUGUGAGGUACAUAUCAUGAAAUGCUGCUGCCAUUCACAAGUAUCUGUGGUAACCACACAUAUUGAGGGUGUGAUGGAAUAAAAUUCUAGAGUUAUUAAAAUAUUUUAAUGAAA